GUGUGUUCAAUGAGGUAAGCGUUAAAGGUGAUCACGGAUCAUUUCCUAGGAGUACCUGACAACGUAAGAUGUAAUCACUGGACUUCAUACACAGCUAUUGCACAAAAUGGGAGUUUUGUCGUAUGUGAAUAUUGCAAGUGGUGUAAAUCCCGAAAAUCGCACCAAAGAUCAAGGAAUAAAUGUACCGGAAAAAAAUGGAAACUUCUUGAUGAAUUCAAACCCGGACACCGAAAACGGUUUAGAAACCUCCGACAUCAUCGUCGCCUCAAGUGUUGCCGUGGUGAGCUGCAUCAUUUUCAUAGUGACGUGUACAAUAUGCUUCCGCCGGAACAGAGCAAUCCGCCGGAAACUUGUAACUGGACAGCACAUUGUAGAAAUGGAUGCACGCAGUCCAUUUAAUAUUGCGUCCGUUCCUAACCAAACCAACGAAACUAAGAGCGGAAAAUAUGUGGAACCGGAUAAAGACUUCAAUGAAAACGCAAGGAUUGAUGUAUCGGAGAUGAGCUUAGACCAACCCGGGUAUGGCACGAAUGUGAAACCGGCCGUGUUCCGCAUAAAUGAGUGUGGACCACCCUCUUCUUUAAGUAGUUCGGAGGAUUCGGAAAAAAGUAGACCGCCGUCUUCUCUCUCAAUGAACAAACCCAGGAAGUCUUUAACCGCAUGCAGUAUUACUCAAAGUCAGGUUAAUUUACUCAAACUUGAGUCGGCUGGCACGGCCGAUGUCAUGCGACGGUCGUGUUCGAUGAGCAACCUCGAUUUAAGCAUUGACGAUCGCGCGUUCGAUGGUGUCGUGAAAACGACGUUUACGGUCAAUUACGAUGAGUGGAACUUCACACUGGCCGUUAAUCUGCACAGUGUGUGUAACUUACCCACGAAAGCCCGAACUUGUUACGUGUUCGCCACUGUAUGUUUGAUGCCAGACGAUAACGAAAAGAGACAAACAAGAACUCUGCCGUGUGUCGGUGACUACGUUUGUUUUGAAGAACAAUACGUUUUCCACAAUGUGCGGAAACGAAUUUUGGAAAACGGAACAAUCAGAAUUUCUUUUUAUCGACAGAAAAAGGGUAGAAAGGGUAAAAAAGACAGUCUUCUCGGCGAACUGUUCCUUAAGUGUUCCGAUGUAGAUAUGCAAUGCAAUAUUCCGACCCGCUUCAGCAAACUCGAGGCACCUCGAAAACGACUCACAAGGAUGAGUACAUCUGACAAGUUGCUUCAUAAUAAACUGGGCGAUUUUUUCGUUGACCUUCAGUACCAGUCGUUAGCUGACCGUUUGAAAGUGUUUGUACGGAAAGCUAUUCAAUUACCUCCAACUGAUCGACUGAUGGUCGUCAAAUCAGCUCACUACGUCGUAGUCAAAUUAAUUCGGGACGGAACUGUGAUAGAGGUCCAGAAAACUCGGACAUCCAGUGGCCGAAAUGCUGUGUGGAAUGAAGCCUUCCUCUUUAACGUGGAUAAACAAAUGAGCUCCUACUCACUCGAGUUUCUCAUCAUGAAAGGAAAACUCCACAAAAAGGACAAUGUCGUGGGUAAAGUGGAGAUAGGACCCAACUGUGGCAGGCGCGGCCGAGACCAUUGGAACAGUAUGAUUAGUCCACGGCCAAUAGAUGUCGCUAAAUGGCACAGCAUUCUUCCGGUUUUUGCGUAUUAAAUGUACUGUUGAAUUUUGACUUUGUGGAAAUGCCACAGAAUUAGUUUGUGUAUAAAUACUAAAUAUCGUCCAAAGUUAUGUUCAUAUACCCUGUAUUAAGGUAUUAGUUGCGUUUGGUGUAUCAUGUCACACGUCUCAAAGUAUCUCUACAACAGAACUAGGUAGGUCAUGACCAGUGUUUAACUUGGUGACGAAAUAGGUUGCUAUAUUUAAUCUGCAGUAAACAACCCUAUGGUUAUAAAAAGGCGUUUGUUUACAAAACACAUAUGAUCAUGACUUCAAAUCAAUCAUCGCAUCAGGCCUAGUCAUCCUUACAUACAUCUGCUGUGUUCAUGGUAUAUCUCGUCCUCGAUAGCCAGGGGUUAAGCUCAAUUGCGCUCUCUACACCCCUGGAAUAUGUCAUAGCAAAUUUGAAGGCACGAAGAUAGCUGUUUGAUUGGUCUCGGUUAAAAAACCCUGACCAAUCGAUAAGCUGAUAAUUGUCUUUUGAAUAUUACAAAGGAGAGACGCCCGACUUCAAAGCGUGUCAAUAUUUACCGUUACGUGACCGCCAGAUUCUUU